UGUUUGCUUAGAUUUUUGGGUUUAAUAAAUAGUUCAUGUGAAGUUUAUUAACUAAGAACAAAGGUGUUUAAGUAAUAUUUUUCUCAGAAUGGCUAAUAAUAAACGAAGCAUAUUUGAUGAGAGCGACGAAGAAGAAGAAAUUUCAUCUGUCAGUUUAAAUUCUUCAGCAAAAAGCAAGGAUUUGCAUUCCAAACUCCAGACAAACAAUGACUUGUCACCUGAUAAGAAACUGAUGAAAACUGUAAAUCCUACAUCUGGAGAACAUUGUUCAAAGAUUAAUGACGUCCACAUUGAGAAUGAAUCGUCAAGCCAACAGACAUCACCUGAAGCUGCCAUUGCUUUGACAGCUGCACAGCGCGCCCGUAUUGAACAGAACCGGCAGAAGGCACUGCUCAUCAAAAGGGAGAAAAUGAACAAGAAAUUGCCUCCCAAGAAGAAGAGUGAGAUGUUGGAAUCUGAAGGAAAGAAGAUACUGCGUAUCAAUGAUACUAAGCUUGUGGAUACAGGAGGAGGCUUCUUUAUGGAAGAAGAAGAUGAAUUUAGCAACAUCUCCGAGGCAGAAGUUAUUGCUGCAUUGCGUAAGGCUGAGGAGCCUGCACCGCUGGUGGAAGAGGACAGGCCGCGCUGCAUUGAGUGCAACAGAACAUUCGACUCGUCUUAUUUGCUCAAAUGUUUUGAUCAUCACGUAUGUGACGACUGCAGAGACAACGAAUCUAAACACGCAUUGGUGACGAAGACAGACGCACGUACGGAGUACCUGCUAACAGACACAGAUCUGGAGAAGCGGCAGCCUCCCCUGCGGUACAUCGUCAGGAAAAACCCUCACAACGAACGCUGGGGCGACAUGAAACUUUACCUCAAGCUCCAGGUGGAGAAGCGCUGUUUGGAAGUCUGGGGAUCUGAAGAGGCGCUGGAAGAAGAAAUUGCCAAGAAAGCUGCUCAGCGGGAGGUUUCGAAGCAAAAGAAAUUUAAGAAGAAAAUGCAAGAGCUUCGCAUGAAUGUGCGCAGCAGUUUGUACACGCGUGCCACCAAGAGUCAUGAACACGAGUACGGGCCUGAGGAACACCUGGCAGACGACGAGUACAGCAAGACCUGUGUCACCUGCGGCCACUCCUACACUUACGAAAAACUCUGAGAAAUCUUGCCGCUCUGAGAGAAAACAGUGAGGUUUUGUCCUAAUAGCGAUGCACUUGUGCGAAUCAUCUGACCUAGCCCGGCUUUAAAGGCGUAUCAGUGCUACGUCAGCUCUCUGCUUGUUGUGGCUAAGAAAGUAUCAGUAUUUGGACGGUUUGACCCAAGAUUUUUUGAGUGCUGAGGCUUGCAGUGCCUCUUGUCGUUAGUUUGCAUGUAUUUUUCCACUGUACGAGAUUAAAUAAUUGCAACUUGUGAUCUCGUCGUUAAAAUCGACAUUUUUUGUAAAUGCGUCAUAGUGACUUUUUUUUAGCUUUUUACUAUUGAAUUUAGGUUUAAGCAAAUCAAAUUAGGUGAGAGAUGCGUAAAACUGUCCACUGUGAUAGAAUAUUCAUAAUAUCUUAUUGUUUUACCAAAUCUCAGUUGAAUAUUUUGAUCAAAAUAAUCAUUAAAAAUUGUAUUUUAAUUAGCAUGUAAAACAGAAUGCCCGAGUGAAGUUUCUGAAACCUUCAUUCCCUGAAUAAAACUUUGAAAUACAACCUCG